UCAAUCUAGAUCCUAAAAAAAGAAAUUUAGGUUAUAAAAGCGGAGAUAUAACCUAAAAAACGACUUCUGACCGGCGUGAUCGUCACGUCGUCUGAAAACAAAGUUUCUGGGAGUCGAGAGGAACGUAUGACGUAUCUAAAUGUUUGUCGCAGGUCGCAGGAUCAAUCAGAAUCAUCCCCGUUCCCGGAUUCUCGACAUUUCUUGGACGAUCGUACGCAGAUCUGUGCGCGUAGACGCGCGUCUUUAAGCGCAGAGCUUGUUUAGCUCGUUUUUUACCCCUGCGAAAGGUGCGAGACAGGACCCGAGGAGUGCGACGUCGCCGCGAACGCUAGAUCGAGAUGUUUUCCAUUCGACAGGCGCUGCGUCUUGGUGCACGUGUGGCUUGCGCUCGGCACGCAGCAUGUUGUUACGCUCCGGCUUUAAGCGAGCCGACCGGCAUCCGGGCGCUCCGUCACGUGCGACUCGCCCACGAGGACGGCAGCAAUCGCGGAGAAUUGGGCAAGCUGGAGGGAAAGAUGAGACUGAUGUUCACGUGCACGAAAUGCAACACGAGAACCAGCAAGCUGAUAUCGAAGCUGGCGUAUGAUAAGGGAGUGGUGAUAGUGAGAUGCGACGGUUGCAAGAACAAUCACCUUAUUGCUGACAAUUUAGGAUGGUUUUCGCAAAUAGAUAGGAAAAUAAACAUCGAGAAGCUCAUGGCACUGAAGGGGGAAACCGUACGAAAGGUAAUGAACGACACGGACGGUUACUACGAGGCCGUUUUGAAGGAGGAGUUCAAGUUGCAGAACCAGAAGGACGCCAGCGAGAUAAAAGUGGGCGACGAACACCCUGACGAAAUUAAAGUGAUAGGAGAAUCAAAGGGGAGUUGAAAUUUCCUUCAAAGACUAGUC